AUGGCCUAUAUCCAGCCUGGUGGCAACGACGGUGGCGGGCCCAUCUUCGACACCCUGGCUCAAUUUUACGUGUGCGUCGCCAUUGUCUGGACAGCCGCGAUCUUGGGAGGAAGCGCGUUUCUGAUCGUGAAUCGCCAUGAGCAAUGCAUCCGCAUCCGCAAUCUACUCCUCGCCCUCAGCGGCGUGGCCUGUCUCCAUGUCUACUGGAUUCUGUGUAUGGUCGCAUACUCCAUGGGCGGGCAGUACCCCUGCGCCGCUGAGUACUGGAUCAUGAGUAUCUAUCUGCCGCUGGGCAUUGCGCUGUUCCAGGCGAAUAGUAUGCAGCUGCUGAGUGUGUAUGGCAUCCAGGAGAAGCUGCUCUAUACCGCGCAGCAGCCGUACCGGCCUCCGUUCCUGGGUCGGGCUAUCUCGCCUCGUCGGUUUCUGGCGCAGUGGAAGCAAAUGAAUUUGGUUCAACGGACGGAAUGGGGCAUUGUGGUUGGAAUGAUCGUGCAGCUGGCGCUGUCCCUCUCAAUCUUCCUCACCUCUCGCAAAUUCCAGUCAUUCGGCACCUUCUCCCAACAUGUGAGCUCUGAGCAAUGUCGACGAGGCCCGGAGUGGAUUCCGUCGAUUCUUUGGCAGUUGUUCUGGUCGUGGAUCUUCGCGCCCUACGUUCUGUGGAAGAUUCGCAAUAUCCAUGAUAUUCACCAUUGGCGGUUUCAGAUCACUUGCUGCGUCAUUGCCGCGCUACCCGGUUCGCCCAUGUGGUUCGCCGCGCUGUACUCGACAACCGACGCCUGGGCAGCAAUCAACCGGUACUGGGUGCCGGCUCUCUGGUUCGCCCCCGGGAUCAUGACCAUGGAAGCAAUGGCCGUCUUCGUACCCUGCUACGAGCUCAUCACCUCACGAAGACAGCGCAACCGCAUCCUCGGCGAACUCCAAGCCUGGGACGAGAUGCGCUCAUCCGGCGUCACAAAGCUGGACUCCGGCGCCUCGCACUCCAAAAGCGAAACCAGCACCACCUCCAUCCCAGAAGCAUAUUCGCGCCGAGCGCUGGAGCGCUGUCUGGCCGAAGACUCGAGCAUGUUGCUCCGGUUCGCGGCAGCAAAAGAAUUCAGCGGCGAGAACAUCAUUUUCCUGAACUACGUGCGCGAUUGGAAAGCCGCCUGGGCGCGCAUCACAACCACAAAACCGACAUACGACUGGGUUCGAGAUCCACAGUACCACCGGCUGCAUUUCUUCAAGAUCGCGCUGGAGAUCUACGCCGCGUGCGUGGAUCUCAAGACCGCCGAGUUCCCCAUCAACAUCGAGUCGCGCAUCUACACGGAUCUGCAGGCCGUCUUCGGCGACGGCGUCCAGUAUAUCAGCGCCGCGAUCCUUGCGCGCGGCGCGGCGAAUGCGGGCGCCGAUACGCGCGUUUAUAGGAAUCUGCCGGACUCGUACACGAUGAACCCGUCGUCGCACCGCAAGAAAUCGUCUGCGAUUGUGGUCGUCGACGAGGAUACCCAUGCGCUUUGCUUGGAUGACUAUCCGCACGAGAAUCAGAGUAUCAUGCAUAUCGAGCCGCGGGUCCCCAAUACCGUGGCCGUGUCGCCGGUGUUUGGGAAUGGCGUGUUUGAUCAGGCUGAGAAGUCGGUUAAGAAUCUUGUGUUUACGAAUACUUGGCCUAAGUUUGUUGAUUCUUCGAGCGAUUUGUCUGUUCAUUUCAAAUGA